AUUUAUACACAUUGAUGAAUGUGGUUGCCUAGCUUGUUACAAUACUUGAUUUGUAGUGCAAAUUUGAAAAAUUGAAUUUAAUAAUGUUAUUUUGACGUUCCAGAAUAUUCUAUGAAUAAAGUUCCAGAACACUGGGUAAUAAUAUUACAUAUUACCUAACCUAGAAUAACAAGUUGAAAGUAGUCUUUUGCUAUGGAUGUGGGUAACCCAAAGCCAGGGCCUUCUAAGCCCUUGGACGACAUAAAAUCAACAGCUGUGGUGAUGUAUUCUGUACCAAAGCCACCAAACUAUCUAAAGUUACAAAGCAAUACAGAUCUAAAUCUACCACCUUCAAAUUGGUUGAGCAAUUCUGCUGAGUCCUAUGGACUCCAGCAUGUACAUUACAAGCAUAAGGAAUUUUCAAGUUUUCGUAUGGCCCACAUGUUUCCAGACUGUGUUGGUGAAGUUGAUGUUGUGUCUGAUGCUGAGAAUAUCAAGAAUCUCUUAAAAAUACCCUACAGUAAAGGACACAUAAGCAUGAUGGUACAUAGAGUUGAAAAUACCCUUCUGCUUGAUGAUUUUGAUAUCUAUAAACAUCUGUUGAGGACUGCUAAAAAUGAGUGGGAGUGGUUAAGAAAGUUCUUCUGUGAAAACGUUGAGAGUGGAAUAGUAGAUGAAGAGAGAUUACUGUUUCUUAAAGAAAAGAAGCUGAAAUCUUUAAAGCAAAAGCAUUUGGUCUCAAAAUUCUUGUAUUACAGUUUGGGUCAAAAUGAAUCUGAUAUGUUGGAGGAAGGUCAUGGACGUUUGAAUAAUAGCAGUUUGCAAGUUGAGGGACCUUUACUACCAGAACCUUCACCAGAUGAGGAAGUGCCAGAUCCUACUUCCUUUGAUCACAAAUAUAAUAGAAAUGUUGUAUGGACUUUUGAAGAUAUUGAGAUGUUAAUUGGCACAGAUUUGCCAAUUUUUGGUGGAGGCACACAUCCAUGUAUUUCACUUAGAUUGAGAGAUAUGAAUAAACCUAUAAAUGUAUUGACUGGUAUUGAUUACUGGCUGGAUAAUUUGAUGUCAAAUGUACCAGAAGUUGUGAUGUGUUACCAUUUAAAUGGUAUAGUCCAGAAAUAUGAAUUGGUCAAGACAGAGGAUUUGCCAAGUAUGCAGGAUUCGAAAUUUUCCCCUAAACUCAUAAGGGAUGUAGCUCAGAGUAUUUUAUCAUUUUUAAAAUCAAAUGCUACAAAGGCUGGCCAUACGUAUUGGUUAUUUAAAGGCAAAGAUGAAGAAGUGGUGAAAUUGUAUGAUUUGACAUCUCUUUGUUCCGACGAUGAAGAAGACAAUGAUCAAAAUCCGUUUACUGUACCAGUUGCUAUGCUUCUUUACAGAGUAGCCCGUAACAUGAAGCACACACAAGUCGAUAGCAGACAACCUGGAACUAUCAGAAUCUUAUUAAAAAAUUGCUUGAAACUUUUAUCGGAAGAAAAGUAUCCUGAAAUUGUGACUUCUUCGCAUUACAUGCUUGCCGAUCUUUACAUUCCAGCGAAUACGAAUCCCGAUAAUCCGCAGUUGGAAAAUGAAACUAAUAAAGAUAAUGCCGAAGAGGUUUACGAUGAUGAUGAUUUAGAAUGUGACGAAGAUCCGCUGAAGUUUCUCGUUUUAAAUUCAGACAAAGAUAAGAAAUUUAACAAUAAUUAUAAGCAACCUCCGCCGAUUUCGGGGACAGUAGAAGAACGUUGCUUGCAAGCAUUGAACCACGUGGCUUCGGGAUUGAAUUGCCUGCAGUAUUUCCGCAACGAGGAAAAAAUCAAAGAAGAAGAUAACAUUCCAAUGGCAAAAUCUACGGAACCAAUACCGAUGCCCUAUAAUGAAAAACAACCUGAAGCUACAAAGAAAAAGGGCAAGAAAAAAGAUAAGCUGAAAAAGAAAUCAGCUGAAGCGGAUAAUCAGCCAAGCGCUCUUUUGCCCAAGAGUACGACAGAAGCUCUACCGGCCUGGCAAGAGCUAUCCAAAACGAACAUCACUUGGAAAGAGCAUUUGAAAACGUUGCUUUACGAGAAAUGCGUAUUAAUUUAUGCUAUCCUAUCGGAACAUCACUACAUCAAUAAAAAUUACGGACAUAGCUUAAGAUAUUUAGGACUAUUGGUGCGAUGCCUACUUAUAAUGAAGAAACUUAAAUAUUCAAUAUGCACUUUAGAGGAGAACUGCUUGCUGGGCAGGGCUGGUGAUUGUUGCGUAAUGAUGGUGCAGAGAUGGGAGGGUUGUGAAAAUUACCGCAAUCAAUUUCACACGCACAUGGAUGAAGAUUUGAAGAUGCUGCAGCAACUCGAAAAGGAUGAACAGCUAUACGUUAUCCAGUUGGCAGAAUCGAACAUGAAAUGUGUCUUAAUUUACGAUAUUCGAACGAUCGAGCAGAUGUUGCUGAAAGCCAUCGAGUGUUACGAUGAGGCUUUGAAGAAGAUAAAGCAUCCUGAAAGUAUACUAAGACGUUUAGGAAACAGUCUGAACGAGACGGGAGCAUUUUAUUUGAAUAAAGCCAAGAUGUUCCAGGACGGUGCAACGAUGAUCGAGUAUUGCAAAAAAUCGGAACCUCAUCUAAAACGCGCUACAGAAAUCUUUGAAACCGUUAAAGAUGAAGCGAAUGCUGCAUUAGUUUUCACGAAUACCGGUCAUUUGCAUAGAUUAUUGGCGUAUGCUCAUAGCCCAAGUGGAAGAGGUGAAUUGACUUCUAUGGAACGUUAUCAUUAUAACAAAUCAUUUGUCAGCUAUAAGAAAGCGCUCAGUGUGAUUGCACACAGAAGCCAUUGUCCCGCAAUUUGGGACGCGGUUAAAUGGGAGAUGUCAACAGCAAUCUUCACCAUGGCUACAAUACUGCACGAAAAUCCAUCCAAAGAAAACAUUGUAAAAUCAGAAAAAGAAGUCCUCGAAACGCUAUCGAAAGCUCUAAAUAGCUGUGAUUUAGAUGAGUCUAAUCCCAAAUUUCCCUUAUAUCAGUAUCGAGCCGCCACUAUAUAUUACCGUUACGCCGGAAUUUACCAUAAGAAUAUGUUUAAUGAAGAAAACGAUGGUCAUCGGAAAACCUUAGCUCACUUGUCGAAGCUCAAUUACCAAAAGGCUUCGGAAUUAUAUUUGCAAUCUAUGGAUCCGAUUAACUACUUGACUUCUCAGAUGCAACUUUUUGCGCUUAACGAAUACAUUGCAGACAAUACUAGUGUACCGGGUCCAAAGUUGAAUGUCCUCAAAUCUUGUAUUAAAAUCAUCGUUCAACUUAGCGAAGUUUGUUUCAUGAUUGUUAAUAGAAAAGUGGAUGUAUCAGAGAAAGAUGUGAGCAAUUUCCGUCCGCAGAAGAAGCUUGAGGUUUUCGAAGGUUGUGAUGAACUGGUUGUGUUGGCGAAACUUAGGCUGCAGCAUACUUUGAAAGCUAUGACCAAGCUGUGCCUCACGAAACCUCCGUUCAGCAAAGACGCCGCUCGUUUGGCUGAAUUGUAUAAGGGUUGCUACAAGCUCACGUUCCAAUUGGAACAGGAAAUGGAUUUUUAUGCGUUCGUCAAGAAGCUAGGUGAUAUUUUAGUAGAAAUUAAGGCCAAAGUGGCCGACGAGUGAUAUUUAUAAGUAAUAUUUAUUAAUAUUGUCCCACGUAUUGUCAUUUUCUACU